AUAUAGAAAUGCAAAGCAGAAUAAGCACGGGUCUCACUGUACGCGAGGGGUUUAGAUCGCUGCGCUCCUAGCUGCACCGUCGGUCGUUCUCUCGAAACAAGGUUGAUCACAAGAUGGACGACUCGGUUCGAAAGUGCAAGGCGUACCUCAGUAAUCUACAACUAGAUCUGCCACCGCCAACAUCCAUCGCCACUAAUUAUCCACUAAAGAGAGUGACUGCUGUUGAUGAAGUUGAUGGCAAUUGCAAGAACAAACCUGCAGUUGUUGGCUCGAUGACAGUGCAACCAAGUUCAGACCUAAGUGCAGAACUCUACGCCGAUGUCCAAAAUUCAUGUCUCCUGGCGCAACUUGCUGCCAAGAAGAAAGUCCCAGACAGUGAAAAGAAUCCGGUGAAAUGGUACAAAGCCUACAGAGAAGUGUUGGAGAACAUCGGAUGGCGCAUAACCGACUUUGGAUUCAACAAGAGCGAGACGAAUUCCAACAGUUUCACUGUCAAAAAAUCGAUUAUUGGCUUCCUAGAAACGUUGGCCAUAGGACCAGAGCUCGCUGGACUGAAGUUGGUGAUUGACGCCCUGACUAGAGCAGCAAACGGAGAGGCUCUGGAGGUAUUCAAAAACACCAGUAAAAGCCAAGUGCACGGGAAAUUCCAACUCGGAACGGCUAAACCGGCUGGAGAUGGUACCGUUACUAUUGCAGCCGGUGCUUUCUACUUUCCGAGUUCGAGCUCGGCAGGAACAGUGUCUUUCUUCUUCGACUGGAGUCUGUCUGAUAUAGAGCUCUACCAAAGCAACCAGACCAUGGAUCUCAACAUGGACGUCUACAAGUACGUACGCGAGGACAUAAUCGAAAAGCUCGGUCCUCAUGCUAAGAAUUACGUCAAAGAUAUAGAAAUAUAGCUCUGCACAGUUGGUGCAUGCUCUAGGGUAACGUUGCGUUGGUAAAGUUGUAAUACUGACACGUUGCAUUGCAGUUCUAGCUAGAACUUGUGCAGAAAAUGUUUGCUUUUUCUUUUGAUGGCUGAAAUCGCCCGCAGUGUUUCCAUACAUAGCAUCUUACUCUCUGUUCGCGUUGACUUUGCGCUUUGAAAAUCUGCAACUUCUGCGCAAC